AUGGUAUUCGAAAACUAUAAUGUAGAAAAAUACCAUGAUGAUCACGUCCAAUCGAUUGUAUCCACUCUCCGCUUUAUGAAAUAUAAGAAACCCGAGAAAACCGGAACUGGACAGGGUCUACCCGCGCAUACAGACAAGACUUUUACUACCAUACUCCACCAAAAUCAUGUCAAAGGUCUUGAGAUAUUGUUCAUGGCGUGCGAAGGAUUUCAGGUUUGGAGCAACGACAGAAUAUCAUCUUGUAAACAUAGAGUCAAUUUGAACAUAAAUGAGGUAAGAUCCUCGUUUGGACUAUUUUCGUACUUGGAAGGGGUGAUACGCGCACCAGACGAGCUUACCGCCGAGGACCAACCCCUGAAGUACAAGCCAUUGCAUAUGUUGGAUUAUGUUCAAUUUUUUCUGGACAAUCAUCGUAAUGUUGGAGUUGAGUAUUCUGUCAAGGAAUAUUGCGGAAUUUGA